UGGUGAAUUAUAAUUCUAUAUUUAAGAAAGCUAGAGAUGGCAGAGUCUUGUGAUAAUGAGAUUUUCCGUAAAGCCAUAAUUAAGAACUAUGUGGCAGUCAAGAAGUAUUUGCAUCCUGAUCCUAUUAUUGAUUGUGAAACAGGCUUUGAAUUACUCACCGUUAAAGACAGAAAGAAUAUCAAGGGUAAGGACCCAACUGAUAAGAAUGAGACGAUAUUGAGAAAAGUAAAAUCCAAAGGUGCUAAAGGUUACACAGAUUUUAAGGAGCGUCUGAGAAAGACCUGGCAGACUGACUUAUUAGAGCUUAUAGUUUGUGCAGAAAAUGGACAGGACACAACAGAGAUAGAGAGUCAACUUAAGAAAACAGCAGUGUUAAGUCCAGAGUAUAUCAAACACAGAGGUGGUAAGUCAAUUGUUAUACGCUCAUAUUGUUCAUAGGUGAGCUUUUGUGACUGCAUGCAUGUCGG